CCUCGUGCGACUACCUUUGGCAGAAGCUAUCCUGGGGUAACACACUGCCUCCAGGGGCACACCAGAAUCGGCUCUGUCACCCCUGCUUGCAGCCUUUUGCCAUGGCAAAACUUCCAGAGAGCUCUGGCAAUUCCCCUAAGCUGAGCGAGCUGCCUGGGGAGCUCAUUCUCGAGAUCCUACAAUAUCUCACAGUUACUCGCGGUUAUUUUCCCGUCCCAGAGGAAGAGACAUCACGACAAACAGAGAAUGCGCAGCGAAUCGCAGCAUUACACGGGCUGACUCUCACGUGCCGUCGACUCAAUAGUAUCGUAACUCCAUAUCUCUAUGAAUCCAUCACCAAACUCGGAAGAAGCACAGACUGGUCAAAUGUCGGCUCUCUCUUGAACACUAUCGAGCGAAAACCAGAAGUAUUGGAACUCGUCCGGUAUAUCGAAACAGGUGGCACAGCUUUUGAUGGGGCACUUGGGCCGUCGCUGGAAACGAAGCUGGGCGGCCUAACGACUAUCAAUUACGACCUUUACAAUUGGAAGGGCAUGCCGGAUCCCUGUUUGCCUUGUACUAUUGUCAUUUCCACACUCAUUCGGCUCGCCCCAAAUUUGCAAGGUCUCGCAAUCGAGGAGAGCUGGCACUGGGGAGCGAUAUACGAUCUGUACGCUAAUCUUGCUUUGCGCGACGUUUUCUUGAAAAAUGUCGACGAUAACGGUAUCAUCAUUCACAUCUCAGGAUCUUCUGCGACAAGAUUCAGCCCCGCUGUCCUUUUGCUUUCAAAAAUUGGACAUGGUCAAGUCGAGGCAGGAGGGAUCUUGCUGGAGAAUCUUUGGAAAUCUCGCCACCAUCCAAUGGGAGAUUUCAGGGGCACUCCCGUACAUUGGGAAGAGUUACAAUUGGUGCCAGUCGAAUGUAUAGCUCUUGACGGCAAUGUCAGUCAUGUCGAUCUAGAGAACCUUCUUAGUUCUUGUACUUUCCUGCGACGAUUUCAUUGCAAGUGGACCGCAGGCAAUGAAGGCGUCCCAGGGGCAGCGAUUGACCUGCAAGAACUUCGCAAAAGCCUUGAAAGGUUCGAACCCUCAUUAGAAUCGCUUAUUCUGGACACUCUGGAAUCUUCUUGGCUGGUCGAACUAGACCAGGAUAUACCAACAAUUGGAAGCCUGCGCGAGUUCACAUACCUAAAGCAUGUUGAGGUUUCUGGCAUGGUGCUUUGGAACGACGACGAUGAUGAUGCAAUCACACAACGUCGACUUUCCUCUAUUUUGCCUUCCGCAUUGGAGACGUUGGUCAUCAAUGUUGAAUGGGACGAUUAUGUCGUGCAGGCUUUGUUAGACCUAGCUGUUGACUGCACCGAACAAUUACCAAGCUUAAAGAGAAUCGACUGCUCCUGGCGGCCUGCUUCCAUGUUCACUGGUCAUGAGCUCAUUGGCGAUUUUGAAAGGGUUGGUGUUGAAUUGAGAUUGGAUGUAGCUUCAUGCACUGAAGAGGAGGAGAAAAGAAUUGAAGCUGAUCUGAUACGAAUGGAACACCUGAUUGAAUAUAUGGAUCGGAGUACUGAGGCACUUGCAGAGGAAAUGCGGCAAGAAAUGACCCGUUUCGAGGAAAUGAGAUCUAGUGAGGGCGAGACCGAUGUGUCAGAUGCUACUCAGGUAGCUUGAUGAAGAUCAUACAGCAUUUUAUGGCAAAGAAUGAUCUUGAUUGGUAGUGGUAAUACUACUAUGCAUUGCGCACCUGUACGUACGACACUCAUCAUUACACUACCUUGAU